CCGUCCCUGUGUGUGGCACUCACCACAGAAGCCCUUUGUACAACUUGGUGUUUUGUUUUCAUGUCUGCAUUGUGAAAAGAUGCCACAGUCAGAUCCAGGCAUGCCUUCCGAGACACCGCAGGCGAAAACGGGGUCUGCAGGGUGCCCCCGCCUCUCAGGGGCACACCUGGGGAAAGGGAGCCUGGAGGAGGGGCCUCCGGGGGACAAAGAAGCCAAGGAGCGCCUGUGGAUCCGUCCUGAUGCCCCCAGCAGGUGUUCCUGGCAGCUGGGCAGGCCGGUCACGGAUUCCCCGCAUUACCACACUGCCUUGACAAAAUCCCCCAAAAUCUUGCCAGAUAUCCUGAAGAAAAUUGGGGACACCCCCAUGGUGAGAAUCAGUAAGAUCGGGAAGAAGUUUGGUCUCAAGUGUGAGCUCCUGGCCAAGUGUGAGUUCUUCAACGCGGGCGGGAGCGUGAAGGACCGUAUCAGCCUGCGCAUGAUCGAGGACGCCGAGCGGGCAGGGACCCUGAAGCCUGGGGACACUGUCAUAGAGCCGACGUCCGGGAACACAGGGAUCGGGCUGGCCCUGGCUGCCGCCGUGAAGGGUUACCGCUGCGUCAUCGUGAUGCCGGAGAAGAUGAGCACGGAGAAGGUGGAUGUGCUGCGGGCCCUGGGGGCCGAGAUCGUGAGGACACCCACCACCGCCAGAUUUGACUCCCCGGAGUCCCACGUGGGGGUCGCCUGGAGGCUACGGAACGAGAUCCCCAAUUCUCACAUCCUGGACCAGUACCGCAACGCCAGCAACCCGCUCGCUCACUACGACACCACCGCCGAGGAGAUCCUGGAGCAGUGUGACGGGCAGUUGGACAUGCUGGUGGCCUCGGCGGGCACGGGCGGCACCAUCACGGGCAUCGCCAGGAAGCUGAAGGAGAAAUGCCCAGGGUGCAAAAUCAUCGGGGUGGACCCCGAGGGCUCCAUCCUCGCGGAGCCCGAGGAGCUGAACCAGACGGAGCAGACGGUCUACGAGGUAGAAGGCAUCGGCUACGACUUCAUUCCCACGGUGCUGGACCGCACGGUGGUGGACAAGUGGUUCAAGAGCAACGACGAGGAGGCCUUUGCCUUCGCCCGGAUGCUGAUCGCACAGGAGGGCCUGCUGUGCGGUGGCAGUGCCGGCAGCGCCAUGUCCGUGGCCGUGAAGGCUGCCCGCGAGCUGAAGGAGGGCCAGCGCUGCGUGGUGAUUCUGCCGGACUCCGUGCGCAACUACAUGUCCAAGUUCCUGAGCGACAGAUGGAUGCUGCAGAAGGGCUUCCUGAAGGAGGAGGACUUGAGCGUGGCGAAGCCGUGGUGGUGGCACCUCCAAGUUCAGGAGCUGAGCCUGUCGGCCCCGCUGACAGUGCUGCCCACGGUCACGUGCCAGCACACCAUCGAGAUCCUCCGUGACAAGGGCUUUGACCAGGUGCCCGUGGUCGACGAAUCGGGGGCGAUCCUGGGCAUGGUGACGCUGGGGAACAUGCUGUCGUCCCUGCUCGCUGGGAAGGUUCAGCCGUCAGACCAAGUUCAGAAAGUCCUCUGUAAGCAGUUCAAACAGAUCCGCCUGACCGACCCGCUGGGCGGGCUCUCGCGCAUCCUGGAGACGGACCACUUCGCCCUGGUGGUCCACGAGCAGAUCCAGUACCACAGCACCGGGACGUCCACUAAGAGGCAGGUGGUGUUCGGGGUCGUCACUGCCAUCGACUUGCUGCACUUCGUGGCCGCUCAGGAGCACGACCGGAAGCCCAGGUCAGGCAGCACCGAGGAGCCCAGAGCUGCCGGGGCCGCCGCGCAGCCGUGACCGCCCCGCGUUCGCACAGGGGCCACACGCGUGGCUGCUGGGUGUCGCCGCGCGGCGGGGCGGGAGCGGGUGCCGGGAGCUCAGCCCGGGGCCGCCCAGCCUUCCCUUGGUUAACACCCGGCCACCCCGGUGAGUCUGUGCAUGGGGUGUUGGACUCGAUGCGUCUUCUCUUUGCUUCUAAAACGCUUCAACGAGAAAAUCCCACCGAACGGAGCUCCGCCAGGCGGGUGAGCCCUGCAGCACAUGCUGGGAGCAGGGUGGAUAAAAGCAGAAGAAAGUGCCUUUCUGGAGAAGAAUCCAGAAUGGGGAGCAGCAGAAAGGCGGGCGGGGGAAGCAGGGUGUCUAGAGCCCCUCACUCGGCGCUGGGGGCUGCCUAGAGGGACUCCACACUUGGGGGUUGCUUAAUUGAGGUGAAAUUCGCAGAACCUUAAGUUCUCGGGGCGCCCGGGGGGCUCAGUCGGUUGAGCGUCCGACUUCGGCUCAGGUCACGAUCUCACUAUUCAUGAGUUCGAG